AUGGCCACCGGAUCAUUUCUGACGGCCAUUGAUCUGAAAGACUAUUCGGACAUCUCACAACUACCAAAGACCGCGGUCUACGCCGGCGGUCUAUAUGCGACCAUCUCCGCGGGAAAUAUCGACAACGCCUUCCGCCUGCUCAAAGACACCGUUGGAAGACACCAAGUCUCUCUGGAAGUCUCCAAUGUCCAACUUCAGCAGGAUGUAAUCGAUCUUCUGGAUGCCGGCGCAGCGAGGAUCUUUGUGUCAAGUACUCAAGCUUCGGGUUUCAGCCAGAUCCCAAAUCUUGACACGACGAGGAUUGUGUACUGUCCCGAUGGUGCUUCGGCUGACGUGACGGCGGAUCUGGACGGAACAUCGUUCGGUUUGUACCUCCAGAAUGUCGGAAGUGCUGAAGCUGUUGGCAGCAUUCUCCACGAGAUGGGAAAGAAGCGGCCGACAGUGUAUGUCUCAAAGUCAGGCAUGUCGGAAAGCGAUGCCGUAGAGCUCUGCAGACAAGAUGCCAUCCCCAUUAUUCCCGCCACUCGACUGUCUCUUGACUCAAUUGCGUCAUCUGAAGAGAUCCGCGUGGCCGCUCUACUUCUCGCUCGCGCAAAGAGCGAUCGCCCGGACGGCUUGCUCACCACGCUGGUCGCGGACGAAAGAGGGACCGCGCUUGGGUUGGUUUACAGCAACGAAGAAAGUGUGGCCGAAAGCCUGCGCUCCGGGAGGGGUGUCUACCACAGCCGCAAACGCGGCCUGUGGCGCAAGGGUGACACCAGCGGCGACUGGCAGGAACUACUAAGAAUCGACUUUGAUUGUGACAACGACUGCCUGCGCUUCGUGGUACGCCAGCAAGGCCACGGGUUCUGUCAUCUUCAGACCGCGACUUGCUUUGGAGACUACCACGGUCUGUCCAAGCUGCAGAAGACCUUGCAGAGCCGCAAACGCUCCGCACCCGAAGGCUCGUAUACUGCAAGACUCUUCAGUGAUCCAAAAAUGCUUAACGCCAAGAUCAUGGAGGAAGCAUCUGAAUUGUGUGAAGCGACUUCAAAGGACGACAUUGCCGCCGAAGCUGCCGAUCUGUUGUACUUUGCCUUGACGAAAGCCACAGCUGCCGGGGUGACCUUGGAAGACAUUGAGCGAAACCUGGAUGCAAAGAGUGUCAAGGUCAAGCGGAGGAAGGGUGACGCGAAGGGGCCGUAUGCUGAGAAGUUUGGAGUCACCACUGGAGCGGCGACUAAUGGCAACACUGCGACGAUUCGAGAAGCAGAGUCCAAGCCCAAAAGCAAGGACGAUCCUGCAGGCUUGGACAAAGACGGCAAAAUUCGAAUGCGGAGAUACGUGACGGCGAAAGAAACGCCUGAGACCAUUCGCGCGGCGCUGCAGCGACCCUCCCAGAAGUCCACCGAGAAGAUCAUGGCGAUCGUGAACCCAAUCAUCAAGGACAUCCAGACCAGAGGAGACAAAGCCCUGCUCGAGUACACGCACAAAUUCGAAAAAGCCACCUCCCUGACAACUCCCGUGCUGAAGGCACCGUUCCCGGCGUCACUGAUGCAAUUGCCGCAAGAAACGAUUGACGCGAUCGACAUUUCGUACGAAAAUAUUCGCAAAUUCCAUGCCGCACAAAAAGAAGAGAAGCCGCUCGAAGUCGAGACGAUGCCUGGCGUGGUAUGCUCGCGUUUCUCACGACCAAUCGAACGAGUGGGAUUGUACGUCCCCGGAGGAACGGCAGUCCUUCCCUCAACAGGCCUGAUGCUUGGAGCUCCUGCACAAGUCGCUGGCUGCAAAAAGAUCGUCAUCGCCUCCCCUCCUCGCGCUGAUGGCUCGCUCACUCCGGAAAUUGUGUACGUCGCGCACAAAGUUGGUGCCGAAAGCAUCGUACUUGCCGGCGGCGCGCAAGCCAUUGCAGCCAUGGCGUAUGGCACGGAGCAAGUCAGCAAAGUCGACAAGAUUCUCGGGCCUGGCAAUCAGUUCGUGACAGCUGCGAAGAUGGUGGUCAGCAACGACACUACCGCGAACGUCAGCAUCGACAUGCCCGCCGGACCAUCGGAAGUGCUCGUCAUCGCAGACAAGACUGCUAACCCAGCGUUCGUCGCGAGCGACCUAUUAUCGCAAGCCGAACAUGGCGUUGACUCGCAAGUCGUCUGCAUCGCCGUUGAUCUGGAUGAGAACGAAGUGCAAGCGAUCGAAGAUGAACUCCACAAACAAGCCAUGGCGUUGCCGCGGGUGGACCUCGUGCGAGGCGCGAUCGAUCACUCCGUCACCUUGGUCGUCUCUUCCAUCAAGGAGGCAAUGGAGCUCAGCAACGCCUAUGCUCCAGAACAUUUGAUUCUGCAAAUUGCGGAUCCCCUCGCCGCCCGCGACAUGGUACAGAAUGCAGGCUCCGUCUUCCUCGGACAAUGGACGCCUGAAUCUGUCGGCGAUUACUCGGCCGGCGUAAACCAUUCUCUGCCCACCUAUGGCUAUGCGAAGCAGUACUCCGGAGUGAACCUGGGCAGCUACAUCAAGCACAUCACUAGCGCGAACUUGACUGCCCAGGGAUUGAAGAAUGUCGGCGGUGCGGUUAUGAGGCUUGCGGAGGUGGAGGAGUUGGACGCGCACAAGCGGGCUGUGAGUAUCCGCUUGAGUUAUCUGGAGCAACAAGGUGGGAAGGCAUGA